GAGAGACACGGAGCUCAGCACAGGGGGGAGCUGUCCGAAAAAAACACACCAACAACACCCCGAAUAAGAAAAACUGCCCCGGGUUGGUGUCCUUUUUCGGCGUAGACGGGUGAUUUGACUUGUUUCAUACCUGAGCGACUGUGUAAAUGCUAAGAACAACAGGAUAAGGUUCGAGGGAAGCGUAUUUUUCUGGGUAAAGUCACCUCGCCAAAUGAACUCCGUCAGAGCGAGCAGCAGGAGACCCAGGCGAGUGUCGAGGCCGCGCCCGGUGCAGCCGGAAAGAAACAACGCAGAAAGAGGUACCAAAUGUGCUGUAGAGAAGGACAGACUGUAAGGCUCUCAGGUGAUCAGUACACCAGGUAUUGACAGAUGAGGACAUCCCUGCAGAUAUGGUUGCAGAAGAAUCUGGUCCAGGAGCUCAAAACAGUCCAUACCAACUCCGUAGAAAGUCCCUGUUGCCUAAAAGAACCGUGUGCCCCACAAAAAAACAGUAUGGAGGGAGCCUCCACUUCAGCCACAGAAAACUUCGGUCACAGAGCUAAACGUGCAAGAGUGUCUGGAAAAUCCCAGGACCUACCGGCUGCCCCAGCAGAGCAGUAUCUCCAAGAGAAGCUUCCGGAUGAAGUUGUUCUGAAGAUUUUCUCCUACCUGCUCGAGCAGGACCUGUGCCAGGCUGCCUGCGUAUGCAAGCGAUUCAGUGAGCUUGCAAAUGACCCCAUUCUCUGGAAGAGAUUAUACAUGGAAGUGUUUGAGUACACGCGACCCAUGAUGCAUCCAGAAGCGGGGAAGUUCUACCAGAUCAACCCAGAAGAGUAUGAGCAACCAAACCCAUGGAAAGAGAGCUUUCAGCAGUUGUAUAAGGGAGCACACGUAAAGCCUGGUUUUGCAGAACACUUUUAUAGUAAUCCAGCCAGAUACAAAGGCAGAGAAAAUAUGUUGUAUUAUGACACCAUUGAAGAUGCACUGGGAGGAGUGCAGGAGGCCCACUUCGACGGCCUAAUAUUUGUGCAUUCCGGCAUUUACACGGAUGAGUGGAUCUACAUUGAAUCCCCCAUCACAAUGAUUGGUGCAGCCUCAGGGAAGGUAGCUGACAAGGUCGUCAUUGAAAACACUAGAGAUUCAACGUUUGUUUUUAUGGAGGGAUCUGAAGAUGCAUAUGUGGGCUACAUGACCAUCAGGUUCAACCCUGAUGAUAAAUCAGCACAGCAUCAUAAUGCUCAUCACUGUUUGGAGAUCACGGUUAACUGCAGCCCCAAUAUCGACCACUGCGUUAUCCGCAGCACCUGCACAGUGGGAUCAGCGGUGUGUGUAAGUGGUCAGGGUGCUGGACCUACUAUAAAACACUGCAACAUCAGCGAUUGUGAAAACGUUGGACUGUACAUCACUGAUCACGCACAGGGUAUUUAUGAAGAUAACGAAAUCUCAAACAAUGCGCUUGCGGGUAUUUGGGUAAAAAACCAUGGCAAUCCUAUCAUCAGACGUAAUCAUAUCCACCAUGGCAGAGACGUAGGAGUUUUUACCUUUGACCAUGGCAUGGGCUAUUUUGAGAGCUGUAAUAUCCACAGGAACAGGAUUGCAGGGUUUGAGGUGAAAGCAUACGCUAACCCAACUGUUGUUCGCUGCGAGAUUCACCAUGGCCAAACGGGUGGCAUCUAUGUUCAUGAAAAAGGUCGCGGCCAAUUCAUAGAAAACAAAAUAUAUGCCAAUAACUUUGCUGGUGUGUGGAUCACCUCCAACAGUGACCCGACUAUAAGGGGAAAUGCCAUCUUCAAUGGAAACCAAGGAGGCGUUUACAUAUUUGGUGAUGGGAGGGGCCUCAUUGAGGGAAAUGAUAUUUAUGGAAAUGCCCUGGCUGGCAUUCAGAUCAGAACGAACAGCUGUCCGAUAGUAAGGCACAACAAGAUCCAUGAUGGCCAGCACGGAGGAAUCUAUGUGCAUGAAAAGGGUCAAGGUGUAAUAGAGGAGAAUGAGGUGUACAGCAACACUCUUGCUGGAGUCUGGGUGACCACAGGAAGCACACCAGUACUCCGGAGGAACAGGAUACACAGCGGAAAACAGGUUGGAGUGUAUUUUUAUGACAAUGGACAUGGAGUACUGGAAGAUAAUGAUAUCUACAAUCACAUGUACUCGGGAGUCCAGAUCAGAACUGGAAGCAAUCCAAAAAUCAGAAGAAACAAAAUUUGGGGUGGACAAAAUGGAGGUAUCCUUGUUUACAAUUCCGGGCUGGGUUUCAUUGAGGACAAUGAGAUCUUUGAUAAUGCCAUGGCGGGGGUGUGGAUUAAGACGGACAGCAACCCCACGCUGCGCAGGAAUAAGAUCCAUGACGGACGGGAUGGGGGCAUUUGCAUAUUCAAUGGCGGAAGGGGGUUGUUGGAAGAGAACGACAUCUUCAGGAACGCACAGGCUGGUGUUCUCAUCAGUACAAAUAGCCACCCGGUGCUGCGGAAGAACCGGAUAUUUGACGGAUUUGCUGCAGGCAUUGAAAUCACAAAUCAUGCCACAGCGACUCUUGAAGGCAAUCAGAUUUUCAACAACAGAUUCGGAGGUUUAUUUCUAGCCUCUGGUGUAAACGUUACAAUGAAAGAUAAUAAAAUCAUGAACAAUCAGGAUGCCAUAGAGAAGGCGGUGAGCAGAGGUCAGUGCCUGUACAAGAUUUCCAGUUACACCAGCUACCCCAUGCACGAUUUCUACAGGUGUCACACCUGUAACACAACAGACCGGAACGCAAUUUGUGUGAAUUGUAUUAAGAAGUGCCACCAAGGACAUGAUGUGGAGUUUAUACGGCAUGAUAGGUUUUUUUGUGACUGCGGUGCGGGUACAUUGUCUAAUCCUUGCACACUGGCCGGAGAGCCGACCCAUGACACGGACACUCUGUAUGACUCUGCACCUCCCAUAGAGUCCAACACAUUACAGCACAACUGAGACUCAGCUCAUCCUCCAACACAGCACCCCGGUCUGAAUCUCACCUGCCCACCAAUCCAGAGCACCACAGACACCUGGCCUGCAAAAAGUGUGUGUGUUUGUGUGUGUGUGUGGACGACAAAACUGUCAAGACUUCGAAUGAAUCGUUUUAAAGAGAAACGGAGGAACGCAGAACUCCGAAACGGUGUAAAGCUGCCUCAGACUCUCCUGUAUAUCGCUGACUGAGAAGAUGCAAGGAGAGAUGAUUUGGGAGAGGGAAAUAUUGUGAAGCAAUAUGUUGACUCAGGAUUACGGAGGUGGGGAGGACCACGGUGGUGUUGAGUUUUGGAGGGAAGUAGACUUUUUCUUUUUUUAUUUGGUCCUUCCAAUCGCACGGUCUUACGCUGUGCAUCCUGCCCUACGCAACUUUCAGUGCUACGUGGAGAUUCAAGACCAGUUCGGCUGCAGUUUAUGUACAGAUCUGACCGCAAACAGAGCCACUAGGAGCUGCCGUUUACGGUUCCAUCGAUUCAAAGGAACAGCCGUAGAUAUUAUGGCUUCCCUGGCGACUGUUUUAUUUUGUUUGUUUGUUUUUGACAGCCGAUGUGCUGAAAUAUAUGUAUGAUAUAAAAAAAUUAACAAAAAACAAAACAAAAAAAACGAUGUGAUUAGCACUUGCUUUUUUUAAAUAUGUUAAUAUGUUAUUCUGAUCUACAAAUAUGAUUUUAAUGCUUUCUCAUGUAGUUUUGUAUUUUCAGGCAAAAAAAAUCUUACUGUAUUUGAAUGUCUUUUAUUUUAUUAUAUAUUAUUAUUAUUAUUAUUGUUAUUAAUAUUUUUGUUAGCACACAUUAGGCUCGCUGUAAUCAUACUUGCGUCUCAGCAUAUAAGUUCUUUCUGUGAAAGAGGAAUAACUAAGAAUCGAUGGGGAAACGAACACUAAAUUGUGCUCCAGCAUUUUUAUUUUUGGACUUGUUUUAAGUUGACUUCUUUUACGUGAGCGAUUGGUGUGUGGAACUUGCGGUCGUGCAGAAAUGUUUGCAUCACCUUUGUUACUGCCAUUAUUUGAAUAAGGGUUCUUUUCCCCUAUUGUAUUUCAUUUUCUCAUCCUCGAGCUCCCUUUCGAAAUAUUUGGAGUUUUCAUCUCCAAGCGGUUUGAAGCGUUCACCAGGGGCCCAAAGAAUUCUGAAACAUUUAACAACCGUUAAUCACAUACAAUUAUUUCUGUUAAAUUGAUCUCGGAACAUUUUUUACUUGGUAAACAUUUUUGUCCCAUGAGAUCACGGCGUCAAUGAAUUUUAAAGCAUUUUUAUUGCAUUCUUUUGGGCCCAUGGCCUGACUUGUGCCUGUUUUAAGUACAAUAGGGAUUUUGAAAAGCCUUGCUGGAGUUGGUUAUAUCAGAGGCUUCCAGGCCUCUUUGCAGCUGAGACGAGUAUCUUUACAGCCCCAUUGUUUUUCUUUUUGCCCCUCAAACUCCAUCUAUGUGUAAUGUGGUGACUGUGGCUUCUCAUGCAGCCUGAAUUUUAUGCAUGUGUACCAUAACAUCUAGACUUAAUAUAUUGUGAAGUCUUCAAUAACCAUUAUGUAGAUGCUAGUAUGAAUUUAAAAAGGGUUUAAUUUCCUAGAAAAGAACAGAAACUGGUCAUUUUUAAGAAAAUAAACUUUAUUAGAUCAA